AUGGUCUCUUUCUACCGGACCGCCGUCAUUGCGGCCACUGCCUUUCAGGGCGCUAAGGCUUGGGGUGUUUUGGGCCACGCCACCGUCGCGUACAUUGCCCAACACUACCUGACCAACGACACUGCGGUUUGGGCCCAAGGUGUUCUUGGAGACACGUCUGACUCGUACCUUGCCAAUAUUGCCUCGUGGGCCGACCAAUACCGCGCCACAACGGCUGGCAAGUGGUCGGCCCCGCUGCACUUCAUCGACGCCGAGGACAACCCGCCCUCGUCGUGCAGCGUCGACUAUCAACGCGACUGUGGCAGCAAGGGCUGCUCCGUCUCCGCCAUUGCCAACUACACGCAGCGCGUCAGCGACGGCCGCCUGAGCGCGCCCCAUGUCACCGAGGCGCUCAAGUUCCUCGUGCAUUUCCUCGGUGACGUCACCCAGCCACUGCACGACGAGGCGUACGAGGUCGGCGGCAAUGACAUCAAGGUCACCUUUGACGGGUACUCGGACAACCUGCACGCCGACUGGGACACGUACAUUCCGCAGAAAAAGGUCGGCGGCAGCAAGUUGACGGACGCGCAGUCGUGGGCGGGCGCGCUCGUCGCCGAGAUUGACUCGGGCGACUUGAAGGCGCAGGCGGCGGGCUGGAUCGCGGGUGACAGCGUCGCGGAUCCGAUUACUUCGGCCACGCGCUGGGCGUCCGACGCCAACGCGUACGUGUGCUCGGUCGUCAUGCCCAGCGGCGCCGCGGCGCUUCAGCAGGGCGACUUGUACCCGGACUACUACAACUCGGUCAUUGGCACGGUCGAGCUGCAGAUUGCCAAGGGCGGCUACCGCCUCGGAAACUGGCUGAAUACCAUUUACAGCAGCAAGAUUGCGAAGCGCAGCGUCGAUGAUGCUUCCCUGCCUGACUUGUCCGGGCGCGAUCUGUUGCCCGCUGACCGCCCGAUGAGCCGCGCGAAGCUAGCCAGAGAGGCCAUGGGCGAGACUUGCUGCACUCACAAUCACUGA